UGGACAGCUGACGGCAGUUGUUGACAGUCAAUUCGUAAAACAACACAAAUAGAAAUAAUUUUGUCGAAUAUUCAGUACAAAUUAAUAACUUGAACGAUUCAACGUUGACAUCGCCGAUAAUAUUAAUAAGAAUGCCCCCUAAAUUCAAGCCGGGAGGCAAACGAUUUCCUCCAAAAGUCACCCCUAAACCAGUGCCACAGCAGGUGCUCGCGACACCUGGAUCUUCUGAAUCAUCAGCCAGUGGCUUGGAUCUCGAGACUGAGAAUAAGUUCGAGCUCGAACUGUGCUGGUGCAUCCAACAGUUGGAACUCAGCAUGAAUUCCAACAAACUAGGAGACAAACAAAUUCGCGAUGCACAGAAGAGUCUGAAGCUUCUGAAAAGCAAUAAUGUGCCUUUGGUUCAGAAGAGACAGAUUAUGAGGACAACUUUCGGUGAUUAUCGGGCGAAGAUGCUGCAGGAAGAAAAGAAACACAGUAAAAGUGCCUCCACAGUGAGAAUUGUCACACCCAAGCCGAAGGAAAAUAAAUCUGUCUUCUUGAAGAAGGCGAAGGGGCUGAGUGAAUGUCAAGUGGAGAAUCCAAGGGUAGAACCAAAUGGAGAAGCUUCUAACACUAACCUGGCACAAAUGUUCAGGCAGAGCCAGACUCAAGAGCGAUUCCAAUUCAAUUUCACAGUUUCAGAUGUAAAUUAA